AUGUAUGAUUUUGAGUCAUUUCAGUCCUGCGACACAGAUGACCAAAAACUGGAGAAUGAGUCAGUGAACCAAGCCGUCGUCGAGAAUCCAGUGACUUUUCAUUGUGGACGAUGCAACACCGUGUGGGCUGAUUCCCGAGGGAUCUGUGGAGAAGCAACAUCGGUCAACUCUCUCAUUUGUCUUGAGGUAACCCAAGAUGUGAUCAUCAAUAGUGAAUGUGAGUGGAGCCUGGAUGGUCUGUUCAGUGCAUGUGUGUACAACACUCUCCAAUGCGCCGGCUGUCUCUGUCUCGUGGGUGUAAUUCUCUACUCAACACCAGAGCACCUGUCUGCUCUGCGCAACCUCUUUCUCCUCCAGAAAGACCAGAUGUACUGUUAUAUUUUCAGCACUGGCCAAAUGGUGAAAGCAUCGACCCUCGACUUUAGUGUAGCACCAUUAGGAGAACGUUUAAGUGAGCUGAGACAACUGAUCCAGGAAACGGAAAGUCACCUUAGCAAUGUGUCAGCAGUGAUGGAUGACACCCGCACGAAUGAAGGCACCUCCUCUGUCCAGUAGUCAAGCUGAUCCUACCUGGGUCGUGUUCAUAAGGGCACGGUAUAGCAAAACGUUUUAAAAACAGAAAAUUUGCGGUUUAAGUAUUUUUUUUUCCGUUUCUGUGCCUUAUGAACUUGAAAGAGCCUGUUCUGUUUGACAAUCGUCCAUCAACUGCACUUUAUUCUCUAGUUCCAUCUUUUUAAAGGGCCUUUUUGUAGCCUGGGUACCAGUCUGUUUGUGCCAUCAUGCCACUCCUUUUGUUACGCCAAAAAAAAAAAAAAUAUUCUCAACUGUUUGACUAAAUAGAGGACAUUCCUGUGUGGUGUUCCACCGAAAAUGGAAAAUGUAGAGUGAAAAAUGGGAGUUCCCUCCUUGAGAUGUUGAAAAGUAGCUACCUCGUAUUCUACUGUUCAAUAUGUUUGCCUAGAUGAGACAUGGCACUGCGUGUUCAGGUAUUAAAACAUCUGUAAACUAAUAAAACAAUAUUUAAAUUUGUUUACUUCUAUGA